GUUUGACCUGCAACUACCAUCCUCUACCCAGUCAAAUUACCUUUUGAUGCUCUCUUAAUACGAUAAUGACCAGAAAUGUCGACCCUACUACCCUUUCACACUAAGAUAAUCCAAGAAAUCCAUGACCCGUCUACCUCAGAGUUGGUGCUUCUCGCUCGCGGCUUGGGAUUACGACGGAUAGUAUGCACUCUUAUGAAAAUAUACGAUUCGCCGCAGAACCUCAUUCUACUCGUGAAUGCCACACCAGAGGAAGAAACAGAAAUUGGCGAAGAGCUGGGCAUCAUGGGUUGCAGGAAGCCAGGAUUGCGAGUCGUUGAUUAUGAGACUGGGACGAGCAAGGACAGGCAGAACCUAUACAAGAAUGGAGGCCUCAUUUCGGUCACAUCUCGUAUCCUUGUGGUUGAUAUGUUACAGAAUGACAUCCCUAUUAAUCUCAUAACGGGCAUCCUAGUCCUCCAUGCAGAAAAAGUCUCUCCUUUACAUCUGGUUUCAUUCAUUACGAGAUUGUAUCGGGAGAAGAACGACAACGGAUUCCUCAAAGCCUUCACCGACCAGCCGGAACAUAUCACUAGCGGUCUGUCACCUUUGAAGAAUGUGAUGAAGGAACUGAGAUUAAGGAAGGUUCACAUAUAUCCAAGGUUUCAUCAAGACAUAAAACAGGUUUUGGAAAGAAAGCGCGCAGACGUAGUCGAACUAUCCCAGCAUCUAACUACCUCAAUGGAAGAGAUUCAUGGUGCCAUUGUACAGUGUAUGAAUACGACUUUAGCUGAACUCCGACGGUCGCGUACAGAGCUUGACCUCGACAUGUUGGCCCUUCCGGCAGCCUAUUUUUCCUCCUUUGACCACAUCGUCCGCAAGCAGCUCGAUCCAGUGUGGAACAAGGUUGGAUCCAGCACGAAAGCUCUUGUGCGAGACUUGGGCGUUCUCCGAAGACUCGUGGGAUAUCUUCUCACUUACGACCCACUUCAGUUUCACUCCUUCUGUGAAACUCUCAUUGCUUCCAACAGUACCUCUGCCGGUGGUGGAGCAAAAAGUCAAUGGAUGCUCACCGACGUUGCCAACAUUAUAUUUUCAGUCGCGAAGCGGCGCUGUUUCACGUCGAGUGUCCCUUCGGCUCCUCAACUGGACGAUGACGAUGAUGCUUGGCAAGUCUUAGAUGAGAUACAGGGUGAGAGACCGGAUACCAAGAGCGACCGCCCAAAAUGGAUUCCUCGUGGUAUGGAUCCUGUGCUUGAAGAGCUUCCCAAGUGGAGUCUUCUCGCAGAAGUGUUGGAGGAGAUUGAAGGAGAAAUUGUCAAGAUCGAAGGUAAUCGUGCAUUUAAUAACGCUCCCGGGACGAAUACGACAUUGGUGAUGUGUUCGUCGACAACUACCUGCAAUCUGUUGAGCGACUUUAUGGGAUCCUUGGACCAGACACGGCCAAAGGGGGAAUGGGGCAGGAAGUUGAUGAUGAAAAAACUACGAGCGUGGUUGUUCUGGAAGAGUCGCGCUGCAAAAGACGGGAAAACACCCGCUCCACGUACGAACCAGGAACAGGGAGGUGAUCUGGAUGACGUUUUGGAUGAAGCGUUGAAGAAGAAGGAUAGAGAUAAAGCUGAUCGGAAAGCCAGUCGACGCAGGGUUAGAGGUGGCGCGCCUGCUCCCGCCUCUUCUGGGAAGCAACCUACCGAGGCACCUGAAACUAUUGCCGAAGAUCUGUGGAAUUAUGGUGAACUCAACCUACUUGCCGAUGAAGAUGUCAUGAAUCUCACCGAUAUCACUUCAUUAAAUUUUGGCCCCGAAUUUGACACACAUUAUGGUCUACUACCGCCCCCCCAGACUGUUGUCAUUAGACCGUACUCAGAUGACACGGAUGACAGGAUGCUGGAUGAGAUCAAGCCUCGGUUUAUCGUCAUGUUCGAGCCUUGUAUGGAGUUUAUUCGGAGAGUAGAGGUGUACAAGUGCUCGAAUCCUGGUCUAUCGGUGCGUGUAUACCAUAUGGUGUACGCCAACUCGUGUGAAGAGCACAAGUACCUGGCGGGAAUCCGCAGGGAGAAGGAGAGCUUUGAGCGGCUGAUCAGAGAGCGAGGGUCCAUGCUGUUGCCGAUAUUGGAGGACCCCAAAAGAACAUCAUCCAGCGACGAGAUCAUCAAGACAAUUAGUACUAGAGUUGCAGGUGGCAGGAGAGAACUAAAUAAGGACCCUUCUAGAGUCAUCGUGGACAUGAGGGAGUUCCGAUCCACGUUGCCUUCGCUGCUGCAUGCUACGAAUCUGCUUGUCAUUCCCGCGACCCUAACUGUCGGUGAUUAUAUCUUGACACCGGAAAUCUGCGUGGAAAGAAAGAGUUUGGCGGACCUUGUAUCUUCCUUUAACAGUGGGCGUUUAUACACGCAGUGUGAACUGAUGUCUGUUCAUUACAAAAACCCGGUCUUACUCAUUGAAUUCGAGGAAGAUAAGGCCUUUUCACUCGAGAUUGUAUCAGAUAUGAAAUCCUACGCCAAAACUAACGCUCGAUUUGCCUCAAAGAAAAAGGCCUCUGGGAACGUCACAGAGCAUGACUAUUCAUCUCCAUCGAUCCAGUCAAAAAUUGCGCUUCUCGUCCUUACUUUCCCUCGUGUUCGCAUAAUAUGGUCGUCGAGUCCAUAUGCAACCGCUGAGAUAUUUAAAGACCUAAAGGUGGACCGUACAGAGCCUGAUCCAGCGAAGGCAAUUGCAAUUGGCGCUGAAGAAGAUCCUGAUGCAGGCGCCGGUAUCAAUGCGGCUGCUGAAGAGCUGCUAAGGUCGCUCCCAGGCAUAACAGCGAAGAACGUGAAGUACGUGAUGAGCAAAGUUCGGAACGUAAGAGAGUUGUGCGAAAUGGAUCUAAAACAGGUGCAGGAUAUUCUAGGGGUGGCGCCGGGGAAGGCAUGCUAUCAGUUUAUACAUAGAGGUGAACGAUAAAGCAGAAGCAAAAUCUCCGCAGUCAGCUGAGCUUGGAAUCGGGCGCCGCUCAGGAUAAACAUGAUAGUUUUUAAGAAAUGGUGGACC